AGGCACAGGAACCCAGGUCAAUGCGCUCUUCUGUCAGCUCCUGUGGGAAGACUGUUAAAGGGAGGGGGCAGGGCAGAGCUCCUGGGAGACAUGCGGGUGCAUCCUGGAGCUACAGAGAGAGGGGAGAGGUGAUGGGAAAGGGCAGCCGGGCUCCCCUGUGCUCAGUUGGGCAGCAGAGUCUCACCCUGCUUCCUUCUCUCUAAAGGUAGGGCCUGAGUACCAAGGCAAUGGAUAUCUCCUGCCAUUGGCACAGGAGCAAGCACUCCCAUCGGUGGCUUCUGCAGGCUUCUGCGGGCCCCAUCGGUGGCUCUUCAGUCACAGCUGUAGUCAUGGCCUUGACCCCAGGCUGGUCUUCCUCAUCUCUGAAGGCUGCAUCUCUCUUCCCCUUGAAGCCCUCCUCCCACAACUUACGUCCCGCUGAGUUCCUGUCACUUUUUCUCCAUGCCCUUGUCUUUGCAAAUUGAGCAGUUCUUAUGUACCAGGCCCAAGGACACAGAGGGAACAGACUAGUUCCUUGUCUUAUGGUUCUGCCAUCUGAUGCAGGAGACAGAAGACAAUUAUAGGACAACCCUAAGCUGUGAUGUGUUCAGUGGAAAAAUAACCAGGGUGGCAUGAGAGUCCACUGGAGUAUCCUGACAGGCUUCCUGGAGGAGGCGGCCUAGCAUGAGAGCUGAGCCAUGCAGUGUGCAGAGCUGGACAGAGCAGGCACCUAGAGCAGGGAGGGAGGUGGUAUGGUGCCUGCCUGCAGCAGUGCCACAGCCGUAGCAAGGCCAGUUCUCCUGGCUUUGGAGGCCUGGUGAGUGACCUGGAGUUGAUUGUAGGUGCUAAGGGAAGGUGCUAAGGUUCAGUAUCAUUCCUCUGCUCCCAUGUCUCUUCCCCUGUCACCAUCUGGCAUCCUCUCCCUCCCAAGGGGCCCUCAUGUGCAGGAGAGAGACCUGCUACAUAUCUGGUGCCCUGUGCACCUGCAUGGAGGUCUGUGAUCUUCACUCCCGAGUCCCACACCUGCCUCUUGUCCACCGUUUGGACCUCCAGGUGUCCCAGAGACCUUGGAGCUUUGCUCUCAUCCGUUAUGCUGGGCCAGAGCCAGCAUUUGCCGCUCUGUGAUUAGUGCAGGUGCUGCCUUUAUGCUACCAGAGGAGAGACCCAGGUUGUAAAGGCCACUUUCUCCUCAGUCUGUGGUGUGAGGGACAUUAGAACAGUUUGGAAGAGGAAGCUGCAACUGUAACCACUCAGGAUUCUUUAUCACAUAAGAGACAGAAGCACAGCUCUGCUGCUGUAAGUAGUAAUGACAGAAAGGAAUACAUUGGCUUGUGUACCUGCACCUCAGUCUGGGGGCGCUGACAUCUGGUACAGCUGGGUCCAUGGGCUCAGUGUCUCCGGGACAAGGUGCUCUUCACAGCUUUUUCUUUGUGGUCCCUUUUCAUCAUGCAGCCUCUCCCCUGGCAGUAGCAAGAUGAUCACUGCCGGUUUUGACUCGUGUUCCACCAGCUCCCCACACUCAGAAGGUCACUUAUCACCUGCUACCAAAUCUCACCUGCUCCUCCGACGUCCAGGCCGGGCCUCUCAGGGUGCAGUAGGAUCUCCGUUCCUGGUGACAUGUGAGGUGGUGAAGAUGACUCCGCUCACAGCUGCCUUCUUCAUGCCCUCCUGGGUCCGCAGAUGCUGAGGAGCCUCACGUGUGUGUGCCCCCCGCCUCAGAGACCCUGUGGAGACCCGUGGGCAGAUGCAGCUUGAGGAUUUUGCAUCCUGCAUCCUCCUUGAUUGCUUUGGUGAUGAUAGUGAGGAAAGAAGCCUUUCAGAGGGAGGAGGCCCAACCUGGCCCUAGAGAGAGUGUUUUCUGGAUUGUUUUUUCCUCUCACAGAGGGGUAGGAGGUUGGCUUGGAGUCUUGGAGGACCCAGCCUUUGUUUCCCUCAUCUGUUCUUAGCCCCACAGCCACUUCUCAAAUUUAGCUAUCGAUACCAUUCCCUCCAUCAUUUCUGGCUAUGAGCACACAGUGUGUGUGUGCUGGGGCAGGUAGGCACCCACUUCACUGUGUCAGCAGCCCAAGGCUGGUGUGUAGGCCGAGUCUUCAACUCAGUUCAUUUUGUGAGAGUCUGCUCAUACAGGAAGUACUUCUGGGCCCCUGUGUUCACUUUCUGUUACCUAACAAAUACUACCAAGAUAGCCUGUUUACAGAGAAGAGGUCUACUGUGGCUCACAAUCUGGGUUGCCGCUGUUGCCGCUGGGGUGAGGUGCACAUCACAGCAGGACUGUGUAGCAGAGCAAAACUGUUCACCUCAUGAUCUGGAGGUGAAAAAGAGUUAGGAAGAGACUAGGGUUCCACAGUCCCCUUUGGGUGACCUGAAGACCUCCCAUGACACCCCUCUGCCUCAAGGCUCUACCAUCUUCCAGCAGUGCCUCCCCGGGGACCAAGCCUUUACCAGGUGGACCUUUGUGGGAACAUUCAAGAUGCAAACCAUAGCAGCCCCUGCUCGCGUGUGCCUGGUCCUCUGCAAUCAGUGAGCUUGGUUUUCACACAGGUUUUGCCAGAGCAUGUGUGUCGCUUGGUCCUGAAUCAGCCAGGGCCUUCUAAGGGGUGUGAAGCCUAAGGGGUGUGCUGUUGGUGGACUCCAGUUGCUCAUCUGUCUAAUGCCACUUCCUUCAGGGGCUUCCCAGAAUGGUAAGAGUGGGAAACGUGGCUGUGCAGAGCUGCAGGAAAGGAAAAGAGGGAGAAGAGGCAUCUGCAGGGCUCACCAGAAGAGCCGGGAUAAUCAAGCCAGGAGCAAGCCACUGGGACCUGGGUCUCAGUCUGGUGCCCCCUCCUACCAGUCCAAUCUGGCCCCCAACUUUUCUAGUCUGGUCCCUCAGAAGUUUUGUCAAGAUUUAAAUUAGAUGUCAGUACCAGCGAUUAUGAUUUCACAGAAGAUUCUGGAGUUUUGGCUUCUCUGAGUUAACCCUCAGCCUGCAGUCAGAGGACAGUCAGCUGAGCUGUGUGGCUACCACCUGCCAUGGGCCAGUAUGUACCUAGAACCCUCCAACCUGCUCCCCACACCUGCCUGCAUGGCAACACUGGGGUCACCUCUGCUCCUCAGCUCCAGAAGGACAUCACCAGCUUGCUGCACACCAUCUAUGAGGUGGUCGACUCCUCUGUGAACCACUCCCCGACAUCGAGCAAGACGCUGCGGGUGAAGCUCACCGUGGCCCCGGAUGGGAGCCAGAGCAAGAGGAACGCCCUUCUCAAUCAGGCUGACUUGCAGAGUGUGAGGCCCAGAGCGGAGACCAAGCCUGCUGAGGAGCUGCGAAGCUGGGAGAAGAAGCAGCGAGCCCCACUCAGGUUCCAGGGCGACAGCCGCCUGGAGCAGUCUGGCUGCUACCACCACUGUGUGGACGAGAACAUCGAGAGGAGAAACCACUACUUAGACCUCGCAGGGAUAGAAAACUACACAUCCCAGUUUGGGCCUGGCUCCCCUUCAGUGGCCCAGAAGUCAGAACUGCCCCCCCGCACCUCCAAUCCCACUCGAUCUCGCUCCCACGAGCCAGAAGCCAUCCACGUCCCACACCGGAAGCCCCAAGGUGCGGAUCCAGGUUCCUUCCACUUCCUUGACACCCCAUUCACCAAGGUCUCAGAGCUCCAGCAGCGGCUCCGGGGUACCCAGGAUGGGAGCAAGCACUUUGUGAGGUCCCCUAAAGCCCAGGGCAAGAGCAUGGGUGUGGGCCACAUGGCCAGAGGGGCCAGAAGCAAACCUCCUCUGGCACCCGCCGUCCCUGCCGUGUCCCCCUCUGCCCACCUGGGCAGCAGCCCAGCCCUUCUCCCCAGCCUGGCGCCUCUUGGGCACAAGAAGCACAAGCACCGAGCCAAGGAGAGCCAGCCGGGCUGCCGGGGCCUGCAGGCACCACUGGCUGCUGGGAGCACCGUCUUGGGACGGGAGCAGGUGAGGGAGCUGCCCGCUGUGGUGGUGUACGAGAGCCAGGCCGGGCAGGCGGUCCAGAGACACGAGCACCACCACCAUCAUGAACAUCACCACCAUUACCACCACUUCUACCAGACCUAGAGCCUCCCACAGGGCCUUCCGCCAUAUGAAGGACCCUUCCCAGACGCCCCAAGGCAUUAUUAUUCUAUUAAUUAUUGUUAUUAUGACGAUUAUUGUUAUUAAUAAUUAUUGUUACUCCACUAAUAUUUAGCUAGCCUUCAUGUAGGAGAUAUAUGGAAACACAGAACUAAACUUUAAUUUAUAUGUUGUGGGGAUUGUGUAACUUACCUGAGAACUGACUCUGGGUUGGGACUGCAGCCACGGGAGCCCUCGGCCCCCACUCUGCCCUCCAGUCUCUUCCAGGAGAACCCCCUUCUCCCCGCCCAGCUUCGAGACCCUGAAAUCUCCAAUAAGACAAACAGCUGCUACCUCUUAGUUACUCUGAUUCGGUUUUGCCCUUAACUGAUUGACUUGUGCUACCAGGGAUUUCCGUGGACUGCAGUGUGCAACCUCUUUUGCUGUUGUUUUUAUGUCCCAAACUCAGAACCUUAGCUGUCCUUUCUGGAGUCAACUUUCACGCCUUUCCAGGGGGACUGUGCUCUUGCCUCAAACCAGCCCCAUCUUUUUUGCCACAUGCAACAUAAAAAUACACUUCUUCUCCUUCUUCCCCUCCUUCUUCUCUCUUCUUUCAAAGAUGCACACAUAUUUAAGGACUGUCCCCAUAACCAUCCUUCUCAUUUUGGAAACCACUAGAGGAAACCAACCUCAUAAACCAGCAGGGUUUUCCAAGAUCAAGCAAGUGUGUGGUGUUGGUUGAUGGAGGAUGUGAAAAUGUGGUGUUUUGCCAUUAGCAGACAUGUACCUGUGUGGUUCUUGACAGCUUUCUGUACCUUAGGGAGAUGCCACUGCCUGUGUCUCUGUACCUUUUCAUAAAUACACUCUCAGGUAUCUCUGCUGUUGUGCAGGACCAGUGGUCUGCUUCUCAGGUGUUUCCUGAGCCCAAGCGUGACCCUGUGUGCUUGUUGAUGGGGCCGGUGUCCAUCAGGUCGGGCAAAUAGCCACUUGCCUCUCCUCAGAGGUCCUUUCUCAGGGCUUGGUGUCUACAGAUUUGGGAGAGACCUGCCAGGGUGCAGAAGCUCAGAGGGAAGUGGGGACAGUGGCUGGAGUUGGGAUCCUGAGGCACUGUCCUCCCCAGAGUAGGGUUUCAUUGGCCAGACUAGGAAAAAGCCCACUGUUAUCCAGUUUAGGUCUCUCCAUAAAGCAGAUCCCAUACUCACACUGAGUGAAUUGGGAGAGUGGAACAAAUGGGUCAUUGACAAAGUGAGUGCAGAACCUGGGGCGCGGCCAUCUUCCAGACAGGGUCGGGUGUGGGGGACAUCUGAAGGAGCCAUGAUCUUUGCUCAAGGGAUGCAGCCAGCUAUGGGGACCCUCCAGGGAGACAAACAUCCUGGCCCUUCCUCUCCACUGAGUCCUGGUCAGCUGCCAUUGGCUGAAGACACUGGGAGCCAGGGGGCCAGGAAGCUUGGCAGUGUAGGUCUUGAAAGCAGACAGUGGAUCCGAACAGCAGCUGCCCUCCUUUGUGCUGCUCUGUCCCCCGACUGGGACCCUCGAGUUAGAUUAACGUAGUUAGCAAGCAGCUAUUUCUGAAGGUAGCAGGCUUCAGUCGUUAUAUCCUGUGAAUGACAUCAAUUCAGUCCUCGGGACACCCCUACAAGGUGGGCCGGAAGCUCAGGGAGGGAUUCUUUUGAGAGAGACCACACAAGAGGAAGCAGUGCUAGGAUUCUAGUCUCCUGUAGGAUCCCUUAACCACUGAAUAGGGUGUAACCACUGGGUUUGGACUCCCCUGGUCAGUCAGGAUCCACUUCAGAUGAGGUGAAUAUAACCAGACCAGCCAGGGAGGGAGCUGGUUUUGAGCUGUUAAGAUCCAAGUGCGAAUGAAUCUGGGACUUGGUUUUGCCUUUCCCUCUCUAGACUUAUACCCCAAGAUGUGCUGUGUCAGGGGCCCUGGCUGUGGCUGCCUGGGUUCCACAUCAGAAGGGAAGGCUCUUCCACUAAGGAAAGCCCAGCAAAGAUGUGGGUCGGCUUAGGCCAUCCCGGUCCAGGCAUCAUGAACCAUCUAGGGUCACCUCUCCAUUGGGGCAGCACUAGCAUCAGGGGAGGGAUGCUAAGCAGACAGGAACUAAUGGUCCCUGGGCCCAGAGUAGCAGCAACAGUAGAACCCAGCCAUGGCAUUGGGCCCUCUGGUGUCAGAACAGUCAGGCUCUGAGAAGAGGUCACUGCCUCCUCCUGCCUCACUCACACCUGUUAAGAUCCUGUUAUUUCUUGGCAAUUGGGAUGUCCCCAGCUUCUAAUAAUCAUUUAUUAAGUAGUAAUGUGUACAUGUGAAUGAUUCACAUAAUAUAAAAAUCAUGCAGUAAAAGUGAACUUGCUUCUGUCUGGCCCACCAAUGUUCGAUGCUGGCUUCCUGGGCCCUCCCAGGAGCUGCAGGCCAGGUGCACUGGUUGGUAGCACAGCCACUGGUGCCUAAGUUCAAGGCAUGGCACCCUCUCCACAACUGUACCUCAGUUUCCCUUGGCAAGGGAUAGUAUUAGCUAUCCUUCAUUACCAGUAUAAAAGCAUUUGUAUAAGAUAUCUCCCCAUAUACAUUUUGUAAUUUUAAAACAUUCCAGGACUGGGAAUUUAGCUGAGCAGCAUACCGCCUGC